AAUGAAGUGGAAAACAUUUCAAAUAAAUUGGCCUUUAAUUCUUUUUAUUUUUCAAUUCUUUUUAACCGCAAAUGCACAAUGGAACAGCUCUGCAGGACCAUUAAGUCCAAUUGCCUUUAAUUUAGCAACAGGCCGUCGUAUAACGGCUAGUUCAACUUGUGGAGAAGUAAAUGGAAGACCAACUAGAGAAAUAUACUGCACAAUUGCUGGAGCAAGUCCAUAUUCCCCAUACAAUCAAUAUACUUUUACAACAAUAUUGGAUGAAAGGCGUAAUAAAUAUAGAGAAAUGCGGGCUGAAGCUGGUUCUUUUAUUCAAGAUGGGCAAAAUUGUGAUUUUUGUGAGGCAAAUACAUCCUCUGCUCAUCCAGCAUCAAAUAUGGUAGAUGGAACGCCAUUAUGGUGGCAAAGUCCUCCACUUUCUCGAGGGAAUAUUUAUGCCCAAGUGAACAUUACAAUUUAUUUAGAACAGCCAUUUUAUGUUUCGUAUGUUUGGGUUCAAAUGGCAAAUAGUCCUCGACCAGCAACUUGGGUACUUGAACGUUCUGCCGAUUUUGGCAUUACUUGGCAUCCAUGGCAAUAUUUUGCUUCGUCUCCUGCUGAAUGUUCUCGUUUAUUUGGACUUGCCUUCCUUAGACCUAUAAUGGAAGAUGAUGAUGUUAUUUGUACUAGUGAAUUCUCGAAAACUGAUCCGAUGGAUAAUGGAGAAAUUAUGCUUAAUUUACUCGAAGGAAGACCUUCAAAAAAUAAUUUUGGUGGCUCUAAAAAAUUGCAAGACUUUGUUUUGGCUACAAAUGUUCGUUUACGAUUAUUGCGACCGAGAACAUUGCAGGGAUAUUUGAUGGAUUUACAUGGGACACAAGACCAGACACAAGAUGUUACUGUAACUAGAAGGUAUUAUUAUGGAAUUAAAGAAAUUUAUAUGGUUGGAAAAUGUAUUUGUAAUGGACAUUCUGAACAUUGUGAACCAUGGGAUCCAGCACGUCCUAAUUUAUGGCUCUGUAGAUGUGAUCAUAAUACAGAGGGGGAUAAUUGUCAACGAUGUAAACCUGGAUUUGAACAGAAACGUUGGAGACAAAGUCAUGAUGAUGAUCAAUUUGUUUGUGAACCGUGUAAUUGCCAUGGACAUUCGAAUGAUUGUGUUUAUGAAGAAGAAUUAGAUUUACAGAGGAAAAGUUUGGAUAUUAAUGGAAAAUUGGAAGGAGGGGGACGUUGUUUAAAUUGUCAACAUAAUACUAAAGGAAUUAAUUGUAAUGAAUGUGUUAAGGGGUAUUUUAGACCAACAGGAAAAAAUUGGAAUGAAAUUGAUGUUUGUCAACCUUGUAUUUGUGAUCCUCUCAAACAUGGAGGAAGUUGUGCAGAAGAAACAGGUCAAUGUGAAUGUUUGCCACAAUUUACUGGACCUAAUUGUGAUCAAUGCGCUGCUGGUUAUUUUCAUCCCCCUGAAUGUCGCCCUUGUGAAUGUAAUGUAAAUGGAACUGUUGACAGACAAUGCUUGCCAGAUACACCAAACGGGCAAUGUCCUUGUCUUCCAAACUUUAGCGGCCGUUUGUGUGAAAAAUGUGCUCCAAGUUUUAAGAAUAUAAGUGCUGGCUGUUUAAAUUGUGAUUGUGAUCCUAUUGGCUCAACGAGUGGAGAAUGUAAUUCUACAACUGGACAAUGUCAAUGCAAAAGCAGUUUUGGUGAUAUUAAAUGUGAUAAAUGUGCUAAAGGAUAUUAUAGAAAUAAAGAAACUAAUGAUUGUGUUUAUUGUGAUUGUGAUCCAAGCGGUACAGAAGACGAAAUUUGUGAUGGAAGUAAUGGACAAUGUCUUUGUAAGCCUGGUUUUGCUGGAAGACGUUGUGACAAAUGUGAUGACCAAUUCUUUGGAUAUCCAUCUUGUAGAGAAUGUUUUUGUCAUGAAAGAGGCUCUAAAAGUUUAGAAUGUGAUAAAAUAACUGGGGAAUGUCCAUGUUUUGCUAAUUUUACUGGCCGAACUUGUGAUAAAUGUUCUGCUGGUUAUUAUAGAUUCCCAGAUUGUUUAGUUUGUGGAUGUGCUUCUGCUGGAUCUAAAGGAUUGACUUGCGAUAUUGAAGGGCAAUGUUAUUGCAAACAAAAUUUCCAAGGAAAACAAUGUGAUCAAUGUUUAGCUAAUUUCUUUAAUUGGCCUCUUUGUGAAGCAUGUAAUUGUCAUCCAGCGGGUGUUGUUCCUCAAUUUGCUGGAUGUGAUAAAGUGCCCCCAGGCGAAUUAUGUACGUGCAGAAAAAAUGUCCAAGGAAGAACUUGUUCUGUUUGUAAACCAAAUCAUUGGGAUUUACAGUCACACCAUCCAGAAGGGUGUGUAGACUGUGCUUGUAAUAUGACUGGAACUUUGUCUUUAUCCAAUGAUUGUGAUCAACUUAGUGGGCAGUGCCAAUGUAAAAGAUUUGUGGAUGGACAGAAAUGCGAUUCUUGUCAAGAAGGAUUUUACAAUAUAAGAGCUGAUAGUCAUGUUGGCUGUGAGCCUUGUAAUUGUGAUAUUGGAGGGGCUAUUGGUAUUGGAUGUAAUCAAAUAACUGGACAAUGUAGAUGUAGACCUCGAAUUGGGGGACUUAAAUGUGAUAGGCCUGUACAAGAUCAUUUCUUUCCAACAUUAUGGCAUUAUAAAUAUGAGGCGGAAGAUGGCCAUCUUCCAGAUGGAAAGAAUGUUCGUUAUGCCAUCAAUAAAGAACAAUUUCCAGACUUUUCUUGGAGAGGAUUUGUUGUUUUCUCAACAAUCCAGGAACAAAUUAAUUUGGAUGUAAUAAUUAGAAAAUCAGCUGUCUAUAAACUUCUUGCUCAUUAUCGUAAUCCUACAGAAGUUGAUGUUGAGCUGGAAGCUAAAUUUGUGCCUUUACAGACACAAACUAGUGAUUCUGAACAAACAUCCAAAGUUAUUUUACCGCCUAGUGGUGAACUACCACAAAAUGCUUUUAUUCAAUCAAAACCUGACCAACGUCCAUUUGUGUUAAAUCCAGGCCGAUGGCAACUUCAACUGAGUGCACAUAAACGUCUUUUUCUUGACUAUAUUGUGCUUGUUCCGUCAGAAUAUUAUUCGGGUUCACAACUUUCUGAGCAUAUUCUAGAACCUUGCAAAGCUGGCCAAACUCAAAAUUGUAUUGAUUUGCUUUAUCCACCUAUGCCAAUUGUGGCAACAGUCAGAGCAGAUACCGGAAUUACAAAAUUUGAGGAAUUAGUUCCUGGAACUGAUAGAGUACAGACAAUACUUAGUCAUUCUCCGGACAGUCUUUUGCCACAAAAAGUUGGACAAGGAGCUCUUGUCAAAACCGAGGAACAAUCAAAAGAAAUUCGUGUUGGGAUAACUGUUCCAGAAGAUGGAAUUUAUUUAUUAAUUGCUGAUUAUCACAGUCAAGAGCCAAAUUCUGUUCCUGUACGUAUUAAAGUUGAACAAGGACAAAAACCUUCUGAAGAAACUCCAUUAGUGGCUUCGCCCUCAACAAUGGCUGAUGGCCUUCUUUUAAUUAAUCAUUGCCCUUAUGGUUUCUUUUGCCGAGAAUUAAUGUCUUCUGAUGGAAGGCCUGCAAUGUUGGGAUUACAUAAAAGUCCACCAGAUGCCCAAGUAAUUUUAUCAGUUCAACCAGGACGUGAGUUCUCCCUCGGAGCAUUUACUUUGGUCAAAGAAGAAAAAUGGCAUGGAGAUCUGUUAAAACAGAAGUCAUAUUGUGUAAGGAAAGGGGAAAAAUGUAUUGCCCAACAAUUCCCUCAACCACCAAAAUCUAUUAGAACAGAAGCUGAAUCUGGAAGUAAUUUUAAUUCAAGCAUGUCUGCAGAUAAAUUACCUUUUCAAAUUGCUGGUGAACCUGCGGAAGUUAGAUUAAUGUCUUUGGAUACUGUACAAAGUACUUUGGAGAUUGAAGGAUUUGUUGAUUCACCUGGACAAUAUGUAUUUGUAGUUCAUUAUUACAGUCCAGAUAAUCCACCUGUAUUUACUGAUGUUCUCGUGCAAAAUGAUUUUGCUGAUGCUAUGUUUCAUUAUUGUCCAAGUAUUAGUGGAUGUAGAACUAUUAUAGUUGAUAGAAAAACAGGACUUCAACAAUUUCGAAUAGAAGAUAAAUAUUUAUUAACAUUUUAUGCCAACAAUACGUUCCAAAAAGGUCCAAUUUAUAUUGACUAUAUAUUACCUGUUCCUUUUGAAUCUUUUACUGAUUCUGUGCUUAAACCUUUACCUUUGGGUUUGGCAGAUGAAUUUGUUGAAGAAUGUGCUGCUGAAAAUUUUGGAAAUCGUCCAGAAAAUGUUUCUGAUUAUUGCCGCUCAAAAAUAUUUUCAAUAACUUCUGAAUUCAUCGGUGCAGCAAUGGCUUGUGAUUGUAAUCCUCAAGGAAGUUUAGAUUUUGCUUGUGCUGAUUAUGGUGGUCAGUGUAAAUGUAAACCUAAUGUUAUUGGAAGAUCUUGUGAAAGAUGUGCACCUGGAUAUUAUAACUUUCCUGAUUGUUUAAAAUGUAAAUGUGGAACAAAACAACAAUGUGAUGAACGUACAGGCCAAUGUUUUUGCCCUCGUUAUGUGGAAGGGUUGGCUUGUGAUAGAUGUGUUCAAUAUGCCUAUGGAUUUGAUCCUCUUAUUGGUUGCCAGCUUUGUGGAUGUUCUGUUAAUGGUUCUGCUGGUGCUGAGAAGAAAUGUGAUCCAUUGUCUGGUCAAUGCCUUUGUAAAGAUAAUGUUGGGGGAAGAAGAUGUGAAAAAUGUUUGCAAGGCUAUUGGGCAUUUCCAGAAUGCAGAGAAUGUGAUUGUCAACAAAGUGGAACUACAGAUGAUGUUUGUGAUGAUAGAACUUCAAGAUGUCUUUGCAAAAAGAAUUUAUUAAGUGGAGGUCGUUGUGAUCGUUGUAGACCUGGAACUUUUGAUCUUCGAAAAUCUGACCCUGAUGGAUGUUCUGAAUGUUUUUGUUUUCGAGUAACAGAUCGUUGUCGUUCUUCAAAUUGGCCAAUUCGAGGACUUAGAGUUUCUGAUAAAGAUUGGAAAGUUGAUGAUCCAAAUGGGACAGUUUUGAGUGAUGAAUUUGGAAGAAUUAUUUAUGAGGCUGGAAAGGAAUUAAAUGAAGGAGAGAAAGAAGAAAAGCAAACUUCAGUUUAUUUUGAAGUAGAUUUACAGCCUGGAGUUGAUUAUACACGGAUGUAUGGAUUACAUCUUUCUUUUGCUAUUUCAAGCUUUCCAAGAGAUGAUAGACCAAGACCAAAUAUGAAGGCUGACGUUCGUUUGAUUGCUGGAAAUACAGUACUUGAGUAUUGGGCAACAGAACAACCAAGAAAUGCCAGUCAACGCUUUAAUGUUGUUGUAACUCUUUUUCCAGAAUUUUGGCUUGAAUUACAGGGAGUUCCAGCAAAUCGUGCUCAAUUAAUGUUGGCACUUCUUCGUCUUCAACGAAUUCAAGUUAAGGCAUCCUACUAUGAAAGACCGAGCAAAGCAAUUCUUGAACAUUUUCAACUGGAAAUGGCUGAUACUGGUGCUCCAACAACGGAUGAGAAUGGAAUAGAUAGACCAAUGGCAUCUUCUGUUGAAUUGUGUGAAUGUCCAUCAGCAUAUUCUGGUCCUUCAUGCCAAGAAUGUGCACCUGGUUAUUAUAGACUUCCAAUACAAUCUGGUCAAUUACUUGGAUCUUGUGUUCCUUGCAAAUGUAAUGGACAUUCUGGAAGUUGUGAUCCUUCUACAGGAGUUUGUCUUAAUUGCCAACAUAAUACUGAGGGAGAACAUUGUGAAUUUUGCCGUGAAGGUUUUUAUGGAAAUGCGACAACUGGAAGUGCUGCUGCUUGUUUAAGGUUAGAAAAUGGAUAA